AUGGUGCCGCCUGCUCUUGCAUACCACGGUGUCGUCACCUCAGAUACAGGCAUGGUGAAAGAGAGCGUACAGCAGUGCCGGCUAUACUGCGAGGUGCUGGGCACGUCGAAAGGGUAUUGGCGACACAUCGCCAAUGCCGAGGGCACAGGCAGCGUAAAGAGCGAUGACGGCGCGUGGUGUACGAGCAAUGCCUGGGCUGCAGCUGGGAUGACUAGGGUCCUAGCAACAUUGCGCAAAUCUCAAUAUGAACUGGAAACCGCUGAUGAGCAGGAGAUGCUACUAGAUAUGACCAAAGGCAUUCUUGACGGCACGAUAGAUGCUGAUACUGAUGCAUCCGGCCUGUUGCGUAACUAUCUCGAUGACGAGACAUGGUUUGCAGAGGUUGCUGGGACAGCGUUAAUGGCAGCUACGGUCUUCAGGAUGGCGGUCCUCGAGCCUGGCACAUUCGGAGAACGGUAUGUAGGAUGGGCGACGCGUAAGUUGGAGUCUGUCAGUGACCAUCUAGAUGAGGAAACUGGUGUUGCGGCACCUGUGGUCAACUCACUGAAGGAGGGUCAGCGGACGCCACUCAGCGGCAUCAAUCCGGAGGGACAGGCUUUUGUCGUAUUGUUAUACGCUGCAUGGAGAGACUGGAGGACUGCUGCAGAUCAUGCAUCAAUCGCAAUGACCGGAACUUACGCGUCGGCGACAUGA